AUGGUAAUGGGGACUUUCAUCCAUUACCAAGAAACUCCCAUUGUCAAAGCCAACAACUGGACUAUUACCUGUAUUCUGCUUGUCUCUCUGUUACUCUGCUUUCUUUCCUCCUUUCUUUUCCUUGGCACUCCAGGGAAGGUUUCUUGCCUUCUCCGGCAAACAGUCUUUGGGGUUGUCUUUUCUAUAGCUGUUUCUUGCAUGUUGGCCAAAACCAUGACUGUGGUGCUGGCCUUCAUUGCCACAAAGCCAGGGAACAAGAUGAGGAAAUGGAUUGGGAAGAAGCUGGCAACAUCAGUGAUCUUCGUCUGUUCUGUUAUUCAAACUCUGAUCUGUGCUGUUUGGUUAAUAACCGCACCACCAUUUCCAGAGGCUGACAUGCACUCCCAGCCGACUGAGACCAUCUUGCAGUGCAAUGAAGGCUCUGAGACUAUGUUCUACCUUGUUCUGAGUUACAUGUGGCUCUUGGCUUUCAUCAGCUUCACAGUGGCUUUCUUCGCCAGGAAGCUGCCUGACAGUUUCAAUGAAGCCAAGCUGAUCACCUUCAGCAUGUUGGUCUUUUGCAGUGUUUGGGUUUCCUUUGUCCCAAGUUACCUGAGCACCAAAGGGACAAAUAUCGUGACUGUGGAAGUCUUCUCCAUCUUGGUUUCCAGUUUUGCAUUACUGGCUUGCAUCUUCUUCCCGAAAUGCUACAUGAUUCUAUUCAGACCUGAGCUAAAU